AUGACGGAUGACCAUGAGUGCGCGAUAAUUACAGUGCACGGCAAGUUUUUAGGAGGACAAGCAAAAAUAAAUCUUUGGAAUCCAACAGUGGAAACAACACUUGAGAUAAGUGUAUCUCAAAUCUGGGCUUUCGCUGGUCCUGGUACAUCCAAUUUUAAUAGUAUUGAAGCUGGAUGGGAAACCGACAGCUACAUAAAUAGUUGCACUAACCUCGAAUGUGAAGGUUUUGUACAAAUAUCUCCGGAUAUCGCCCUUGGUUGCAGUUUCACAGAAAUGUCUACUUUCAAAGGAGAUCAAAAAGAUGCCACCUUCAGUAUACACAAGGACCCAAGUAGUGGUAAUUGGUGGAUAGAAGUACAAGGUACUCCCGUCGGAUAUCAUCCGAUUUCUCUAUUCACUAUAUUAUCAAAGACACCAGCAACAAUGGAGUUCGGUGGAGAAAUAUUUAAUGAGAGAUCUAAAGGACGACAUACUACGGCUCAAAUGGGUAGUGGUCAUUUCUCUUCAGAAGGAGGUUUGGGUGUAUCCAGUUAUUUUCAUCAUGUCCAAGUAAUUGAUGAAAAUAACGAAGUCAAGAACCCAUAG